GCGGGGGAGGAGGCCCAACGGCCCCGAGGCCUUCGAGCUCUUCCCCCUCUUCGGGCUGGGAGCCCCGGUCCCCUCCGGCCACGGGCGAUGCCGCCCCCCAGACCGAGUUCCUGGCCCUCCGGGCUCCGCAGCGACCACCCCCCUGGGGCUCCCGGGGGGCAGCCGCUCAGGGGCUCCUCGGCCUGCGACGUCUGCUCAGCCUCGGUGGAGAAGAGGAUCAGGAUGGAGCAGGUGCGAGCGCUCUGGGGCAGUUUGCUGGACUCGCUGAGCCGCUUUCGGGACUGGUUGGAGGGGGCCGAGGCGGCCGCCCCCCUCCCCAGCUCCGCCCACGUGCUCUACGCCGAGGCCCGGGCCCAGCUCAAGCGCUGCGAGGGGCUGCAGCGGCAGGUGGGGGCGCGGCUGGCCGAGCUGGAGGCGCUGAACGGGCGAUACCGGCGGCUGGUGCUGGGCCGCGGGGACGGCGACCGGGACCGGGCCCGGGGUCGCCUCCGCGCCCUGCUGCAGGACAGUAACCGGCGGUGGCACCUGCUGCACCAACGCGCGGCCGCCGGACACAAGAGGCUCAAGCACCUGGUCAGCCGGCGGGAGCUGUUCGACGGGGAGGAGGAGGGGGCGCGCCUGGGGCUCGCCGAACUCGCCCUGAGGCUCAGUGACGUGGAGCACUUCUCGGGGGGCUCGGCCCGGCAGAAGGUGGCACGGCUCCAGUCUUUCCGGAGCGAUGUGCAGCGUGUGGCGAAGCGUGUGGACGCGGUGCUGGCGGCCGGAGAGGGGCUGAUGCAGCGCAGCGACCCGCGGGACGCGGUGGCGUUGGAGGAGGCGCUGCGGGCGCUCAGCGGGCAGUGCCAGACCGUGUUCGGCCGGUUGGCCCAGCUGCAGGGCAGACUCGUCAGCCACAGCCUGGUGUUCGAGGACUCGUGGCUGCCCGAGUGGGACUCGGAGGGAGAGGAGUGCGGGGCGGGGGGCGGAAGGGGUCCCCCCGAAGAGCUGGAGUGGGACCCGGCGGGGGACGUCGGCGGCUCAACCUCGCCCGACGACGAGGACUCGUCCUUCCACAGCGGGAAAUCGGGCCCAGAAGCCGACUGGGUUUGGGCGAGCACGACUCCUAGCCAGUGGUGCGGCCAGACCGAGCCGGGUGCGGCGGACCCCCUCCCGCCAGGGGCCCCGCCCGGCCCCACCCGGGCCGGCACUGCUGCGCUGGGGCGGGAUUGCCCACUCCGGCCCUGCCCGGCCCAGGAUGAGGGUUCAAAUCCAGGCGGGCUGUGCCGGGCUCCAGCCCCGUUUUCAUCGCCAGCUGGGGCUGGGCCGGCGGUGGUGCAGGACCGGGGUCCUCUGGGGCUGGGUGUGGAGACGGCCCGUGUGGAAAACUGGCUGAGGACGACCACGGGCGGGAGGCAGCGCUGCUCUCCCCCGGACACCCAGGCCCCGAAGAUGCAGCCCAGCUCCUCUGCCCCCCCCGAGGUUGCCCUGCAGAUCGAAAUGGGCUCCGUGGCCGGACCCCCAUCGCCACCCAGACGGGGUCGGGCGGGCCCCGGGCCGGGGUUGCUGCUCCUGCUCCUGCUGCUCCUCGGUUCCCUGUGGCUCCUGCUCCCGCCGGGGAGACCCGACUGCACCCUGCACCGCCCCGCCUGGCCCCCCCACCUAGUCUUACGCUACGUCAACGGCCCCCCUCCCACCUAGCCCCCAACCUCUGACUCUCCCCUUGCUGGACCGUGAACUGUGGGCUCCCCUGGUCCCCCCUCCCUGGACCAUAAACCACAGGGUACCCUCUCACCCCCUUCCCCCCACUACUGGACCACAAACUGUGGGGUCCCCCCCCACCAUUCCCCCUCACUUGAGCAUAAACCACAGGGUAGUACUCUCUUGCCCCUCACUGGCCCAUAGACCGUGGGGUCCCCAGGCCCCCCCAAACUGGACCAUAAAUGGCGAGUGCUGUGAACCCUCUCGCCACCUCCCGCCCCCUAAACCACACCGUCCCUCCCUCGCCCCUGGGGUGGAGACAGAGUCGGGGAACGGAGGGGUUUGGUUACAGCCGGCUUUAAUGGGGGCCGGGCACACUCAUAAGUUAGACCAGGGCACAGGGGACCAGGGAUGGCCACCUGCAGCUUCGGUGGGGGGCAGGGAAUGAGGAGACACCCCCUACUGGUCGGGGGCUGGGGCCCCAGGGCCCCUCCCCAUUAGAAAAAGAUGAGUUAUAAUAAAAUAAUCUUUGAACCAUU